UAUGUCACCAUUCAAACUCAAACGGCAAGGUUCUACAAUUAAAAUAAAUUCUAAGUUGAAUAGAGGUCCUUAUAGUCCAUAUGAGAAGCUAAUAGUUGUUAGCGAGAUAUAUCAUUCUCAUGGUUUCAAGUGCACGUGUUAGGGUUCCCGAGAGGCGCAGCAGUCUAAGGCACUACAGUCCCUGGUUCGGAUCCAACCUAAAUCACACCCGGCGGUGAUUGGGAGUCCCAUAGGGCGGCGCACAAUUGGCCCAGCGUCGUCCGGGUUUGGCCGAGAUGGUGCAGAAGUCCUGAAUUCAACAGUGAAGGCUCUAAAGGAUGGGCAAGUUGUGGCUGUGCCAACGGACACAAUAUAUGGGCUGGCUUGCUUGGCUCAGAAUUCCAAUGCCAUCAAAAAGGUGUAUGACAUCAAAGGACGUAAUGGUGAGAAACCACUGGCCAUUUGUGUUGGAGAAAUCAAAGACAUUUACCUUGCUGAAUCUACCUUGCUGGACAGGACAAAAUGAAAAUAUCGGUGCCAGCACAGUACGGUUUGCAUCAGCCCUAUAAUGUGAAUCAGGCAAUAUUGCAGCCUAGCCUAAAUGUUUUUUUUUCCCCUUGUGGUGGGAGGUACUGUAAGGUGUCAGUCAAAAAAGAACUGAUAGGGGACCUGUUGCCUGGCCCUGUCACUCUGGUUCUGGAACGAGCUGAAGUACUCAACACUGACCUCAAUAUCUUCACUCCGUUAGUAGUAGUGUGCAUCCCGGACCAGGCCUUCAUGAGACGCCUCUGCCAGAUGUGUCGGGAACCUCUUGCCCUCACCAGCGCCAACAUGAGCUCACACUCCAGCACUGAGGCUGUACAUGAGUUCCAGGAUCUGUGGCCUCAGUUAUCAGUGGUGGUGGAUGGCGGACCAAUAGGAGACAAGAGUCGGGUGGGAUCAACAGGCAAAUACCGCAUCAUCAGACCUGGCUGUGCCUUCUCUUCCACAGUUCAUGUGCUAGAGCACAAAUAUGGACUGUCAGAAGACACGGGAUGAGUGAGGUUUGCCCCCUUCAAUUCUGAUACCACAUGCUGAAAUGUACAACCAGCAAGAACCUGUGCUUACCAUGGCCAAAUACAACUCUGAAUGAUGGCAAUUGCCUGCAACGCUGAGGCGAGUGAUGAUUUCAAAAUUUCUAAAGGAGGGACGGUCCUUUUGCACAUUGCAUGCUAUUGUGGAAUGCUCUGGGUUUCUUGUAAAACUUAAGGGAUUUGUUUUUGUCUUUCUGGGUUAUUAGCUGUCCAAGCAUUGUUGUUUCUAUGGGAAAACCCUUUUUUUCACAAAUUGGUCUUCUGACCAAUCAGAUCAGCCCAGAAAAAUAUCUGAUGUGAUUGGUCAGACCAAUUGGUGGGGAAAAGAAUAUCAGGAUUGGGCUGCCUGUGUAAAUGCAGCCUAUGAGCUGUGAUCUAGUGUAUUAUUGCUCAACCGUUUUGAGUACCUGAUUACUGGUUUGUAUAAUGGACCAAUGAGAGUAUGUUGUUGACAAUAAAUGGCAUGCAUUAUGCAGAUCAUGAUGGCUUGUGUUGGU